AUGGUGGGCGCGACGCACGUUCCGCGCGACGCCGCGGCGGGCGAUCGCGCGGGAUUUCCCGCGCUCGCGAUCGCGCACUCGAGAAAGGUGCAGAAGGGUGAAGAUUUCGACCUCGUCGAAGUGUGCGCGCUGUGGACGCCGGGUCGACGCGGGAAGGGCGCGAACGACGCGAGCGUGGAGUUUGCGAUGUUCGGUCUGUUCGAUGGACACGGUGGGAAGGCGUGCGCGGAGCACUGCGCGGAUUCGUUUUUAUCGGCGCUGACGGAGGCGCUGGACGCGCCGGGAGCGUUGGAGGAGCACGAAGACGCCGACGACGCGUUCGAGCAAAGAUUGCCGGAAGCGUUGAAAAGAGCGUUUGCCACGGUGGAUGAGGCGUUCUUGGCGCGAGACGUGCACAGUGGAGCGACGGCGACGAUUUGCGUCAUUCGCGGGCGGUGCGUGACGACGGCGGCGGUCGGGGACUCGUUGGCGACGCUCGAUCUCGGGCCUGGUAUACCGGUGAUGCGGUUGAGCGCGGAACAUCGAUUGGAUACGUCGCAGAGCGAGCGGAAGCGGAUCGAGGAGGCUGGCGGCGAAGUUAGACCGACGGAGUACGAGGACGGGCCGAAUGGCGAACGCGUCGGCGUCGGGCCGUUGCGCGUGUGGCCGGGUGGGCUCGCGGUGUCGCGUUCGAUCGGGGAUAGAGACGGAAAACGAGGGGGUGUGAUUAGUGAGCCAGAGGUGAGCAUGGUUGUCGUGCCCGAGCGUUUCCACGGAGCGAGGGUGGUGUUGGCGAGCGAUGGGUUGUGGGACGCAGCGACGCCCAAGCAAGCGUCGGCGUGUGUGGCUAAGAUGCACGUUCAGAACGCGGCUACGGCGCUGAACAAGCUCGCCCAGAGUCAAAAGGAUAAUAGAGACGACAUAACUGUUCUGGUGAUCGACAUGGUGCGAGAUGAGAACUCAAAGUCUGGUCCG